GCAACCGAAAGAAGAGGUCUAAUUGAAGAAGAUAAUACAUUAGAUGAGUGCCUUACGGAAGAUUCUACGUUCCAAAUGCCUUCUUCACUACGAAGGCUAUUUGCAACUAUUUUGGUAUUUUGUGAACCAAGUGAUGAGUUUGCACUUUGGAAGAAACACUUGGAUGCAUUAUCAGAGGACUAUCGACGAAAUAGUCCAUCACCCGAUAUAGCCACACAAAUGGUACUUAUUGAUAUUAGAAAUAUGUUACAGUCAAUGGGAAAGGACAUUAAGACAUUUCCUCUUCCGGAGAUUGAUGAGAUGUAUGAUGAUGCUAAUGGUAUUCCUCAUGAAAUUUUUGAGGAUGCAAGCGUUGAGGUGGAUAUCGAUGAUGUGUCUUUGGUCAACUCCCUUAACUCAGAACAAAAGGACGCCUAUGAGGAGAUCAUGGCAACAAUUGAUUCUGAUAAAGGUGGACUCUUUUUUGUGGAUGGUCCUGGCGGCACCGGAAAGACUUUCCUAUACAAAUCUCUUCUAGCGACACUACGAAGUCAGAACAAACUUGCCGUGGCAACAGCUACAUCAGGUGUUGCAGCAUCAAUAAUGCCUGGUGGGAGAACGGCCCACUCAUGUUUCGAGAUACCCCUAACCAUUGAGGAUGGAAGUUUUUGUAGUUUCACAAAACAGAGUGGCACUGCGAAGCUGCUCCGUCAAGCGUCUAUUAUUAUUUGGGACAAGGCUUCUAUGACGAAGAGGCAAGCUAUUGAAGCACUUGACAACAGUCUACGCGAUAUAAUGGAUCGGCCUCAACUGCCAUUUGGGGGUAAGACAUUUGUGUUCGGAGGAGACUUUAGGCAGGUACUACCAGUUGUUAGAACGGGGUCAAGGGCUCAAAUUGUCGAUGCUUCGCUACGGAGAUCGUACCUAUGGGAUUGCAUGAGACAUCUUAAGCUGGUUCGCAAUAUGAGAGCACAAAGUGACCCUUGGUUCGCGGAUUAUUUAUUGCGCAUCGGUGGUGGAAUGGAAGAGGUUAAUUCCGACGGUGAGGUCAAACUACCGGAUGAGAUUUGUGUCCCGUAUUCUGGGAAGGCAAGUGACCUCGAUACACUAAUUAAUAGCAUAUACCCAAAUCUCAAUGAGAACAUGUUAAACAAAGAUUACAUCACUUCGAGAGCUAUAUUAUCUACUAGGAAUGAUUGGGUUGAUAAGAUUAACAUGAAGAUGAUAGGUACUUUCCAAGGUGGUGAGAUGGAGUACCAUAGUUUUGAUGCUGCAGUGAUGAUCCUCGUAACUAUUAUCCAGCUGAGUUUCUUAACACUCUGAUGCCAAACGGACUUCCGCCUCACGUGCUAAAAAUCAAGGUUGGUUGUCCUAUCAUAUUGCUCAGGAAUAUAGAUCCUGCUAAUGGUCUAUGUAACGGUACAAGACUGGUUGUAAGAGGUUUCCAAAAAAAUACAAUUGAUGCAGAAAUUGUGUUAGGUCAGCAUGCUGGGAAACAUGUUUUCCUCCCCCGGAUACCCUUAUGCCCAUCUAACGAUGAGAUGUUCCCCUUCCAAUUUAAAAGGAAGCAGUUCCCAAUCAGAUUGAGUUUUGCCAUGACAGUCAACAAAUCAUAGGGUCAAACAAUCCCAAACGUUGGUGUGUACCUUCUUGAGCCGGUAUUCUCUCAUGGCCAGUUAUAUGUUGCGAUGUCUAGAGCCACUUCGAGGAAGAACAUUAAGAUUCUCGCAAAACCGCCUAAUGCUAUUGAGGAAGACGACGAACCUAAAAAAAGCAAGAAGGGUAAUAGGAAUGGGAAGGAGAAAACAAAAAAGAAAGAGAAGAAAUAUGUCCCAACUGGUAAUGGUACAUUUACGAAAAAUAUUGUAUAUAAGGAGAUUCUUACACCAUAGCUGUGAGUGCCUCAAGACUUCGACAGUUUCCGCCAACCUAACAUGCACCAUGGAAUGGAGGCUUGCCUUGGAUUGUCCAUGGGACCUAUAUGCUCUAGAUUCAAUUGAUCCGUCCAUUGGACCGAUGAGACUUGGACCUGUUCAGUGUUCAGUGCC